GUGGAUGAAAAGGGACGAAGCGUGACGGAAGACAAGGAGAGAGAGAGCAGCCACCAUGUCAACAAAAGCAAGCGAAGAGGAAUCGUCCUCACAUCUAGACGAGAGUGAUAUUCCGGACGAGUUUAUCGAUGAAGAUGCGGAUAAGUUGGGAUACUUUCCGGGCAAAACGAUCACCCUUCAGAUGCUGCUAGGUGCGAACGUUCUGCAGCCCGGCAAAGGUGCAAUGACGAUCGAGUAUUUGGGACAAAAGUUUGUCGGUGACCUGUUGGCAGACGGAAAGAUAAAGUCACAGGAAACGGAAACCAUCUUCUGCUCACCGAGUGCCUGGGCCAUCUACUGCAAGCGGAUCAUCAAUCCGGACAAAAAGUCGGGCUGUGGAUGGGCAUCGGUGAAGUACAAGGGGCGCAAGCUGGACGCGUAUAAAGCGGCAUACUACAAAAAGCAGCAGAAGGAGCGAGAUCAGAAAGAGGAAGUACCGAGCGAAGACCCGGUAGAAGAGCUGGAAGAGGACAAAACGGCCAUGGAACCACCACCGGCAAGGCGGAACAUUGUUUCACACAACACGAUCAGCAAUCGCAACAUCAUGCACGACUCAAACACACUCAUCGAAGCAGUUCCGUUCACCGCAAUCGGGAAAAUGCAACCAUUCUUGGUGACCGUCAGCACCUCGACGCUGCUCGUGAUGGAUUUCCACUGUCACCUAACCAACUACGAGGUGUGUGGAUAUCUCGGUGGAACCUGGGACAUUAACGCGCACAAUCUAUCCAUUACGCAUGCCUUCCCGUGUCGAAACACGCGUCACGAUCGUGACAAGGCGGCACUCUGUGAGCUUCAAAUACAGAAGCUGAUGAUAAAGAAAAACAUCAAUCUGGUCGGUUGGUACCAUUCGCAUCCACGCUUUCCGGUACAGCCGACGUUGCGUGAUUGUGACGCACAGCUGGACUAUCAGAUACGGAUGAGAGGUCCUACGGAGGCGUCGUACAUUCCCUGCAUAGGAUUCAUCUGCUCUCCAUACGAUGAUCAGAACAGUGCACUCGAGUCGAACGUAAUGUCUUUCUGGGUAAUGCCACCGCCGGAAAACCGUCCCGCCGAGUACGGUCGCCCAAUGCUGAUGUCGUACACGCUCGUCCAGGACGAAACACUUUCCGAGGACGUAAAGGAAGAGAUGAUGCUAACCGUCGAUUACUACAAACAAUUCAAGCGCGAACUGAUCAACUUCCAAUCGAUCUACAUCAACGAUGUCCCGUACAUUGAGAAGCUUCGCAAAUCGCUUACACCACGCUUCCCGCGCGAUUCCACAUCCGGUCACUUUUGGAACUGGAUCCGAGAGUUGCUCGGCCUUGAACCGGAAGAUAUUCCUGAGGUUGUGGUUAUAUCGGAUCCUGGACCACCACCUCCAAUAUCAAUGGUGGAACACCAUCCGGACGGAUCAAAAGGAAACGAUGAUGUGACGAUCGUUUCCGCCACUCCUGGCUCACAUCAGCCACAACCGGUUGUAGUGAAUCUGGUACACAGCGCCGAAGAAAGUAGCAUUACAACUGAAACGAAAAAUGACGAUGAUUUCGACGGUGCUUCCGAGAUGGGUGAUUCGGACGUAAUCUCGCUGAAGGACGACGAUGGCAAACCGACGGGACCAUCGAUCGCUGUACCAAGUUUGCAGGCUCAGUUGAAGCGUCCCUCCGGGUUAAACAUGACUCCAUCGCCACUGUCCAGCUCGCUUGUAGUGCUCCCAACGAAUCUUAGUCAAACGGGUGGCAACAAUGGUGGGCCGGUGGCCACCCAAACCACUGCUACCAAUCUUUCCAUGAACAGUUCCGGUGCUGGUUUAGCAAAUAAUCAUCAUCAUCACGCACACCAGCAGCAGGCAGCCGGCCAGCCGGGCCAGAUGCUUCCGAUGGGAGCGAACUCACUCACCACUACCACCAACACUUCCUCGCCCCGAGAUAGCCCAAUUACGAUCCCCUCGAACUCGGCUAGUCCAGCAAAGUUUGAAAUGCCCGUCCGGGCUAGUCCGUCCCCGGCCAAAUCUGACACCUCGUCCUGUCGCAGCCGCACACGUAACUCACCCGCACCGAGCCCGGGAAAGCUUUCGAUCGGGGACAUCCUUGGAAGUGCGGCAGCCGCUGCUGCUGCUGGAGGGAACCGUGCAAGCCCUACUCUUAGCUCGCUGAUUGGACCUGCGGGUGGUGCGGGAGGUGCAGGUGGUGGUAGUGGCGGUACUGGAGGCCCCGGGAACAUUCACGAUCUUUAUGCAGCUACGUUCGCCUCGCUCGGUAGUGCACUUCCCUCCAAUUUGCUGUCCCAGGAUUAUGCGGCACUUUUCGGGCAGCAGAGUGGUGGCAGCAAGCAGCAACGUGGAGACGAGUACGGACUUUCGGCGUUGACAGCUCUGGCACAGGUAGCCGCCGCAUCCGGUCUUUCUAACUCUCAAAUCAACGAAACGCUGCUACAUAGCUUGAAUCGUAGCAUAUCUUCGAAAGCAGGUGGAGGAGGAUCAAGCGGAGGAGGCGGUGGAUCCGGUGUUGCCACGUCCGCUACCUCUACCAUUACCUCCAACUCUUCGGUAAAUGCAGGAGGAGCAGGAGGUUCCAAUUCCUCUUCCGGACUACCGCCGAUUCCUAACAUGAAAGAAUUCAUGCAACAGCUCGAGAAAGGCAAUCUCAGUCUGUUUAUGCAAUCGCAGUACGGUAAUCCGCUGGUCGGUAUGGCUGGGUUAACUUCCGGCUCGUCCGGACCGGCUACUGGUUCUACUGGAGCGGGAGGAGGAAGUCCUAGCACGGGUAAAUCGGGCCGUUCCGGUGGGAAGUCUCGCUCGAAAGCGAAUCAACUGCAGCAACAGGCUGCGGCCGCCGAAGUUGCGGCCCGUCAGCAACUUCAUCAAGCACAGCAAGCCCUGCUUCAACAUCAAUCGAUGAUGGAGUAUGCCGACUUUAAGUUCGAUCAGGGCAAGCUGGCCGAUUUGAUGAAAUCACCCGAAUAUUCCCAAAUGUUGCUCCAGCAGGCACAAGCGCUCGGCAAUCUGGGAAGUGAAAUUUCCAUCAUAAAAAAACCUUCCUCGGGAUCAUCGAAGGGUGGUAAUUCUAGUGCGAAGGAUCACUCGGGAGGUGGAGGACAGAUGAAUGCAGGAGGCAACAAUUCGUCAGGAAGUUCAUCCAUGCCAACGGGAGCGUCCUCGGCUAAGAAGGAAGCAGCCGCGGCGAGUGAGCUCAUCUCUAAGUUGCGAACCGUCUUCUCUACUGAUGCAUAUCUUCCACCGGUGCCGACGACGGCUGACAUUAAUUUACUGGUUGAACAAUCGCAAAAGUAUCCGGUAGUGCAGCAGAUUCUGAACUCUGGAAAUGUGGACGACAUUCAGGUCUUGUUGAAAGCGCAAUCGCUCUCUAACAAUCAGCUCGAUUUUGCUGCCUUUCUCGGGCACAAUGGUGGCGGUGUAGGUGGAGGUUCGGGGACGAACGGGAGCGCUGGUGCACUAAAUCUUGGCAUGAUGGGCGGUGGAUCGGGAGGUUCUUCCGAUGGUCCGUCACCGUCGGGUAAGUCGUCGUCUUCCAACUCCAAAGGAGGGGGGCAGGGUGGCCUAAAAGAUGGCGAUAUGGCAGCAGCGGCCGCAGCAGCAGCCGCCGCCAUGAAUCCGUAUCUUGCCGUACCGAAUCUUUCUGCCCUCUUCGAACCGAUUCAGCGUAUGGGAGGUUCGGCGGGUGGUGGUGGCGGUGGCGGUGGCAAAACGGGCGGAAAAGCGGAUAAAGCAUCGAAAGCGGCUGCAGCAGCCGCAGCAGCAGCGGCGGCCGCUGCCGUUGGCAGUGGUUCAAUGACCAAUCCGGCCGAUAUGCUGAAUAGUUUGUUUGCGUCGGCCGUUGGAGCUGGUGGUGCGCCACCGACCGCUGCGGACAUGAACGCACUGUUGUACAGUCAAGCAGCCGCCGCAGCUGCAGCUGCCGGUGGUGGUAAGGGUGUUCCGGAUUUGAAUCUUCUCUUUGGUGGUGGUGCUGCUGGAAUGCCAAAUUCCAAUUCUGCUGCUUCCUCCCCGGGAGGCGCAAGUGGCUCCGGUGGAGCAGCCGGCGGACAAGCGGGAACCGGAUCGGGAAGUUCCGGUGGAGGUAAUGCGGGCGGAAAAUCAAGUUCAGCAGCGGCAGCCGCAGCAGCAGCGGCCAGUCUCGAUUAUCUGUCGAUGUUUCCGAACUUUUCCGCGGUAGCAGGUAAAAUGCCCGAUAUGUCCGCUUUGUUCGCGCAGGACAAGUACGAAAUACCGGACCCACUGUCCAAGGCAACUCUCGAAGCGAACAAUAUGUAUCUGGCACCGUCCGCCUCGUUGUUGAAGCUACACCAGGAAGCGUUCAAUUCAAUGCUGAUGAAACCACCGAAAUCGUCCUCCUCGUCGACGGCUUCGUCGACGGGCAAGAUUGAAACGCCCCCACCGCCACCUCCGCCAUCUGGCGCGUCCCUCAUACCGUCACCCGGAUCACGCUUGACACCGACCAAGUCUGCCGUCAACAGUCGGGAAAGUCCAUCGCUCGGUGCGGGAAGCGGUGGCACUGGAGGAGGAAGCGGUAGCUCUAAAUACAACUUUUCCGCUGUGGAUUUGGCCGUUUCGAGCGUUGUCCCGUUGGCAGCCAGCUCGCCACUCGGCGCCAACGCUGCUGCGGCAGCCGAUCUUUCGCGCAAAUCGGCUUCCCAAACGCCACCGGUCGAUAUGUCACGAUCGUCACCGGCCGCUAUCAUGCCGGGCACGACAUCGCCCGGUACCGGCAGCGGAAGCAUGAUACUGCCACCGUACAAGAAGCGGAUGGAGUUUGCCUCGAUUGCGGAUCUCGUUGCGGCACCACCGGCGAAGAUACCGAAACUGUCCACCGAGAAUCUGGACCCGUGAGUUUAGCUACAAU